UUGCUAUCACAGCAAGGGGAGGGGCAGCUCCCUUAGAUCAAAACGGCCAUUGGCUCUCAUUGAACGAGACCAUUUGGCAAACUGAGCUCUAGAGACAAAAUAAAUCUUACACUUCUCAAAAAGUUUCUUCUUCUUGAUCAAAAACAUUUAUAGUGAGUGAUCUUUUGCUUCUACUUGUUUGGUUUCUGAGAAACUCUCUGCAAGACACAAAAUGAGAACAAGGUCCUCUAGUACAUUGUCUGUAUCAAUGAAGAAGAUGUGGAAUUCAUCUCCUCGUCCAAACUCUAGGUUGGUCUCACCUCAGAGGAGAAGUGAUCGUAUACAAUGUAAAGGUGUGCCAAAAUAUACUUGUGAUAAUAGCUCAGACGAAUCAGAGAGCAAGACUAGCUUGGUUGCUAAGACACGCUCUUGCAAAAUAGCUACUUAUUCAAGAAAAACUACAACUAAAUAUAAAAAACCAGGUGGAAUUGACAACCCCAAGCAACUGAUCAACCAUUUUGCUAGUGCUUCUCCAUCAAAAAUAGGGAUAAACCAACCAAUGGUAAUUUGUGAUACUAACAAUGCAGAAGAAAUACUUUUGCCCAUCUGGUGGGGAAGUUUGAGCAUUGGUAACGACAAUUUUGGAAAUGUGGGCGUAUGUGCGGUUAACAAGUCAACCAGGCUUUCUUCAAAAGCGUUUUAUGGUGUAACAUUGCUCCCUACACAGAUGAUCCCUAGGCAUGAUGCUUGGCCAAACUGCUUUGAUACUUCUCCACCAACUGAUGGCAUCAUAGACCUUUACUUUUUACCAGCAAGUGAAAGUGAUAAUCAACUCUUUGGCCGGUUGUUAGAUUAUAUGUAUGAUCAAGAUUUUGCCAUAAGAGCUGCUGUUGGCGACACAAGACUUCUAUUGUUUUCUUCUAGGAUUCUUCCACACAAAUAUUGGAGGUACGAGGAUAAAUAUUAUUUGUGGGCUGUUAUCAUUGGAGAAAAUGCUUCCUUUCCGCAUCCACAAGAAUCUCUGGUAUCUCCAAAUGCUGCAAAUGAAGUAGAUAAUGCCGUCAUAGAUGAAUCUUUAGAGCCAUAUAAUGUAGAAAAUAAUGCAAACAAUGCUGUCAUAAAUGGGAGAGACUGUUUAGAUGAUCAUGUUGCUCGAGAUUGUGACAAAGAACCGGGUCAAAACGACUAUAGUAAAAGCUUCUGUACCUCAUGGAUUGGCGUGGCACACAAUCUUGAAGACGAGUCAUUGGACGAAAUCAACUCAGCUGCUGAUUGUGGAGAACUAGUUGGGCAAUAUCACCUGAAAACAUGCUUUGCUUCAACUCUUCGCUCUAUCAUAGAAAAGCACGGUGAGAUUACUCAGAACUGCAAUACAACACCAAGUGGAUUGGUUACGUUUGUCUUGGAGAAAAUUUGUAGAGUUGUUCAAGAUUUCAAAGUGCUUGAUCUAAAAGAUUUAAGGCCCCACCAUUUGAGUUCUCUACAAACAGUUAUCGAUGAGAGUGAACAUAUAAAUGUGAAUGUGAAAUGGCUCAAGAGCUUCCAUGGCGAACUCAGUGAAGCAUCGAACAAGAUGAAGGAUUAUGAGAAACUCAAGCUUUCCAAACAAUCAAGAAUGAAAGAAAUCAAGUCGAAAGAAGUUGAGUUGAUGAAUUUGCAGUCUCAAAUCCAGUCACUCAAAGAUGAUAAUGAGAGAUUCGAGGAUGAUCUUAGCAGAGCUAGAGGUGCAUUGAAGGGCGUGCGACCCAAUUCUUUAAUGGAUGGUUUGCUCUAGUUCUUUCUUCUGUAGCACCCUAAUAAGGAAAUAGGUUAGUCGAUAACAAGACAUUUAAUUAUGAGUAUAUGUAUUUAGCUUCCAAGUGCCUUGUCUUUUACAUCUUGCAAUUAUUAGAAUCUUCAUCAAAUAUGGUUAGUAAUAUAUUUUGAUCUAUGUCAGGACAUGUAACUAUUUUUCU